UCGCCUGUCUUUCAACACUUUUUCCUAAUUUCAUUUUCUUCAAAAUUCAACAUCCAGAUAUUCAAAAUACAACAAUUUUCAUUUUUCCGAACGUUAAACCCUAGAGUUAUUCGGGAAAGAUGAGGGGCGGUUCAUCGGAUACGAGGCUGCAGGACUUGAUUCUGUACGCGGCGAGCGCAGCUCUGAGCUGCUUGGUGUUGUUCGUUGGGCUCAGGCAAUUGGACCCCAAUCGCGACUCCUCGAAGAAAGCCCUAGAGCAUAAAAAGGAAAUCGCUAAACGCUUGGGUCGACCUCUUAUCCAGACCAAUCCGUACGAGGAUGUUGUGGCCUGUGAUGUUGUGAAUCCAGACCAUAUUGAUGUUAAGUUUGAUUCUAUCGGAGGGUUGGAUGCAGUUAAACAAGCAUUGUACGAACUAGUUAUUCUUCCUCUGCGAAGACCCGAGCUAUUUUCUCGUGGGAAGCUUCUUUGUCCCCAAAAAGGUGUUUUGCUAUACGGACCGCCUGGAACUGGGAAGACAAUGCUUGCUAAAGCAAUAGCAAAAGAGUCGGGAGCUGUUUUUAUUAAUGUGAAAGUAUCCAAUCUGAUGAGUAAAUGGUUCGGCGAUGCUCAGAAAUUAGUGACUGCUGUAUUCACCUUGGCGUACAAACUCCAGCCAUCUAUUAUUUUCAUCGACGAAGUGGACAGUUUUUUGGGCCAACGCAAGACUACAGAUCACGAAGCAUUGACUAACAUGAAGACCGAGUUCAUGGCUUUGUGGGAUGGGUUCACCACUGACAAACAUGCUCGAGUGAUGGUACUUGCUGCUACUAACCGUCCAUCAAAACUCGAUGAAGCAAUUCUGAGACGUCUUCCUCAAGCAUUUGAAAUCGGUCUUCCCAAUCGCAAAGAGAGGGCUGCUAUAUUGAAGGUGAUACUAAAAGACGAGAAGGUUAAAGAUGGUAUUGAUUACGACCAUAUAGCUGGUUUAUGUGAUGGCUCGACGGGUUCAGAUUUGCUCGAGCUCUGCAAAAAGGCAGCCUAUUUCCCAAUUAGGGAGUUACUGGAUAAUGAGAAAACCGGAAACCUAUCUCAGGAGGCAAGGCCAUUGUCACAGUUGGAUUUGGAGAGAGUGAUUGCGACAACAACAAAGACAAAUGUUGCAGCAAAUGAAUACAACAUAUUAUCUGGAUUGUCGGUGCAAAGAGGAUCAGAUGAUUAUGAAACCUUAGAUUAAAUCGAAGUGCAGAAAUUAAAACGAAAAUUGCUUUUGUCACAUUCAUCAGGUAUUAUUAUUGUCACCAUACCGAGGUUAAUUAAGCUACUAAUUGAGCCGUGUUGUGCAGCUUAGCUGGAAAUUGCUUCCCAACGACCAGAACGAGAACUUAUUCCACCAAAUUGAAUUGAUUUGAUAUGUACUUGGUGAAAAAAUUACAUUAGAUGCUAGUAGUUAAGAGUUGAAUAUUUCCUCUUUUAAAUUUGUUAAUAUUAUUGUGGAAUAAAAACAACUCUUUUUAUUUUAUUAUUUAUUAAUUUUUUAUGCCAA